AUGGGCUUUAAAGAGGUUGCAGCCUUCUCCAAUUCCCAUCCCCCUCAAAAUGUACAAGACUCCGUCGAAAGAUGGCUCUCCCCGGUAUCGAGGGAAGAGCCAGGGCGAUUCUACAAUUUUCGACAUUCCCACGAACGGUGGGCCUUCAAUAGCUACAGCCUCAAACCGGACCUCGACCAAACUAGCAUCGCUUCUAUUGAGGAUGAUGUCAGUGUGAGCGAUUCGGCCCACGAGUCGUACUCUUCCGAGUCAUCGUCUCAGACCUCGUGGACAUCAACAACAGAUCCUGGCGACAUCUUCCAGGACGAGGAUGGCAAGGAGCCUCUCCCACCUCUAAAGAAGGUGCUCUCAAACAGUGCACUUGAACCUCCGGAGCAGCUGCUCAAAGGACUACAAGGCAAUGAUCAUGCUGCCCCUGGUAGUACCUGUUCCCUUGGCUAUGCCUACCGCAGCCUCAAGGCUCGAGUCUCAAGCCAUCUCCAACAACCUGGCCAAACUUGCCUACGAUCCCGAGGUAAUGAAGCCAGCACUGAUCCGGACGCGCAACACUGGAGUGCUCGGAGAAAUGCCUGCUCUUUCAGGAGACAAUGCCCCCCGAAGUUGAAGAGGGACACCGACGUCACGGAGCAAUUCGUGUCUCUUCUGAUCAUCUUUGCAAAGAGACUAAUCACCGCCAUAUGGCCCCUGUCUGACCGACCUCCUAUGAUGUCGGAUUGCUUCAAUGGGGCUGGUGUUUUACGUCUCGACACCUUUAUCAAAGAAACUCUUAGACGGUCCAAGACAAGCUACUCGACUUUGCAAGUCGCGUUGUACUACCUGAUACUACUGAAGUCCAGGAUGCCCCAAGGGCCGUCCAAGACUGGUUGUAGAGGCGAGCCGUUUGAGAGAUCUCAAUGUCGUGCGAUGCAAUGUGGGCGCCGCAUGUUUUUGUCGGCACUCAUGUUGGCUUCCAAGUAUUUGCAAGAUCGCAAUUACUCGGCACGCGCUUGGAGCAAGAUAUCUGGCCUACGCAGCAGUGAGAUCAACGAGAACGAAAGAGAGUAUCUCGCACAGAUCAACUAUGAUCUGCAUGUCCCGAAAGAGGCCUUUGACAAUUGGAGCAAGGUUGUUCUGAUUUUGAGCAAAUUGUCAAGCGAAGGAUCCGCGUGCCGGCCAGGCACUUUCAACACAAACUUCGGCCCUCCUGGUGGUCAUGCGAACGCCUCCUUGGCGGCUAUGAUCUCACAAGUGGGCUUGGAUGAGAACAACGACGACCUUGCCUUCUCGGAGGCGUGGUGGACAGCCCUGCUCCGAAGAAUCGAGCCGAGCAUCGUCAAAGACACGUCACAUGUGGAUGAGUUCUUGAGGACUAAUCUACCGAGUGACAAGAUGGAUGUCGUUGCGUCGCUCGCGCAUCUGAGUAAGCAAGUCAACAGACGACCUGAUAGUGCAAGUUCAGGGGCGGAUGCUGUCACUCAUGGCUUUGAUCUGAAUUUCAGCGAAGCCUUGAAAACUCGCGCCCCCGAAUCGGCCAAGGUCCAGCCUAGCCCGUCUUCUCAGACUCCCAUCCAGAUGAGUCCAGCCAAAAGUGUCGCAUUGCCCAGUCGUCCUCACCUUGGAAACCUUCCAACUCCGCAGACUACUCCUCGCAUUCCAGACCAGUAUGCAUGGGAGCGAAACUGUAGCCGGCCUUCGCUUCGCUGCUCCGCAUCGGUCGAUGCGCUGCGAAGCAUGCGGAAGCAGUGCCUCAUGAACGCGAACUUGGAACGCUGCCCACCUCCUCGACCUCAGAGCUUUGUCUUACCAUCUAUCAUCAUCGAUUUCGUCCAACUCUUCGUGGUCGUCUUGGGCACCCAGUAUCCCACCGCUGCGGAGAAAGGUGUGGACUGGCGUCAGCUCUCCACUAUCUCAAGUCCGUUCGUCGUCAGAAAGACAAUGCAAACCCGCCUCGAUAGAUUGUCUUAUGACGGAGACAAUCUCCUAUCAGCAAAGCUGUACGGAGGAACCUCAACCUCAACAACCAAACAUUCCUACCAGUUCCGAAGUGGCAGCCAUCCAUGGAUUAAUGUCGUUGUCAGCACUAACAGAAUCACCAAGCCAGAGUGUCACCCCGACACCCCGGCGGCUCGCUAG